UGUGAAAGCAGAGUCACAUGAGCAGGCGGCCGCCCAGGAGACGGUACCCCGACAUGGACCUGGAGUCUCGGAUACGGUGACUGACAUCCACGGGUAGCACGGGAACAGCAGCGUCACGGCGUCUCGGGCCGCGGUGAACAUCUGUGAUGGACGAGAUUAAAGUGUCUCCGGACUACAACUGGUUCAGAAGCACGGUGCCACUGAAGAGAAUUAUUGUUGAUGAUGAUGACAGUAAGGUGUGGUCACUGUACGACGCUGGGCCAAAGAGUGUCCGCUGUCCCAUCAUCUUCCUCCCUCCAGUCAGCGGCACAGCGGAGGUGUUCUUCCAGCAGGUGCUGGCUCUGACGGGCUGGGGCUACAGAGUCAUCUCGCUGCAGUAUCCGGUCUACUGGGAUCUCAUGGAGUUCUGCGAUGGCUUUAGGAAGCUUCUGGAUCACCUGCAGCUGGAUAAAGUACAUCUGUUUGGAGCAUCUCUGGGAGGAUUCUUGGCUCAGAAGUUUGCUGAGUAUACACACAAGUCUCCCCGAGUGCACUCUCUCAUCCUCUGCAACUCAUUCAGCGACACCUCCAUCUUUAACCAGACAUGGACUGCAAACAGUUUCUGGUUGAUGCCAGCGUUCCUGCUGAAGAAGAUUGUUCUGGGAAACUUUGCAAAAGGACCCGUGGACCCUAAAAUGGCAGAUGCAAUUGAUUUCAUGGUAGACAGGCUGGAGAGUUUGAACCAAAGUGAGUUAGCAUCGCGACUAACGCUCAACUGUCAGAACUCGUAUGUGGAGCCACACAAAAUAAAGGACGUUGCUGUGACCAUCAUAGAUGUGUUUGAUCAGAGCGCUCUGUCACUGGAAGCCAAAGAGGAGAUGUAUAAGCUGUAUCCUAACGCCAGAAGAGCGCACCUGAAAACGGGAGGAAACUUCCCGUACCUGUGCAGGAGCGCUGAGGUCAACCUCUACAUACAGAUUCAUAUGCGCCAGUUUCAUGGGACAAGAUACGCUGCUAUAAAUCCUGCCAUGGUGAGCGCUGAGGAGCUGGAGAUGAGCAGUAACCAGGACUCUGAAGACUACCAGUGAGCUGGCAUCCACCUUUGCCCGUCUCCACAGCUCGGGUCUUUCUGAGCAGAUUUCACAGGACGUUGGCAGAUUUUCUGUGGAGUUCAACAGCUAACCAGCACGUAACCUGAGAUUAUUUUUUAUUGAACAGAUGAAGCAAUAUUUUGAUUAAAAAAGACCUGGACAUAAAUGGGACUUUUGCACUGCGCUUUGCUUAAAAAAACAUCUAACACUCUGCCUUAUGUGGAAUGAUUCUGUGUCACUUGUACUGCCUGGACUGUGUUCACACCUGUUUGGGCACGGAGGAUAAAUUGUAGUUAACACCAACCAGCAGUAAACUGGUCUCAUGUUAAUAGCAAGAUGAACAGAAAGAUUCAUGGUGUAUAUCUGAAAAUGUUUGUAUAACUCCUUAAGAUAAAAUUACGUUUUUGUCCAAUGUAUUUGUCACAUGUACAGCUGUUUUUUUUUUGUUGUUGUUUUUUUGUCUCAUGGACGUGAAAAUACACUUUACUUGGUUUCUGUAAAAUGUGAGCAGUUGGACUCUUAAGUGACACACGAAUGUUGUGGACAACUUCACUAAUGCACAAAGCUUUUCUAGCUCAUCCCAAGUCAUGAAAACGUUAUCAUCUGGACUCUGAAAUCACCCCGAGGAUUUAAAGUCUUGUCACACAGUGACACCAGGGGUCUGACAAAUAGAACCAAAACAGUGCAGUUUGACACAGUGCUUCUCAGCCUGGGCACAUGCUGAGUGAGGAAUCCAUCCCCGUGCACAGGUCUGAACACAGUCCUCUGUGGUGAAGAGAAGUCCAGCAACAUCUGUUGUGGAGCAGCCUGAGACCUGUGCCUGUGCAACUGUGCCUGCCCUCUGCCUAACAGUGCCUUAUAGCAUUUUUAUAAAACAGACAUACUUCUACACUGAAAUCUGUGCAAAAACUCAUGGUGCUGUAAGUAGACCUGUAGGGAAAAGCACAUUUAGUUGGUUUUUAUCAGAUCUGACAGGUGGGUAACCAGUGGGACAUAGUUUCAUGUCCCAUUGGUCAGGGUUGAAGUUUAUCUUGCCCCCCAACUCUACUUCGAUCUUUUUUUCAAAGUAACUGCCUGAAAAAUAUCAUGAAGCGACGUGGCGGGAUUUGCUUCUAAAAGGUCUGCAACACAGUAAGUGCUGGGAGUAGUGGUGCUAUAGUCACUGUAACAGGAGACAGACACAUCCCCGGAGACGAUUACACUUUGUGAGAUUGAAAUAAGCACGUUUCAGUGACAAUGGCAACUACAGCCACUUCAGGUGAGGCUGUGUGAAGUAAAAAAAAAAGUAAGAGAAGUGUCAGCUGUCUAGAUGCUGUAAAUACAUUUAGGUCCAGAAAUAUUUAGACGGACAUUUUUCUAAUUUGGGUUCUGUACAUUAUGAAUUUUAAAUUGAGGAGCUAAAGCAUUUUUUGUACACAAUCCCUUCGUUUUAGGUGCUCAAAAGUAAUCGGACAAAUUAAAUGACAGGAAAUGAAAUUUCUAAUACUUGGUAGAAAACCCUUGAAGUUUUUCAUUCAUGGACAUCACCAGAUGCUGGGUGUCCUCCUCUUUUAUGCUCUGCCAGGCCUUUACUGCAGUUUCAGUUGCUGUUUUUUGUGGGCCUUUCUGUCUGAAGUUUCGUUUUCAACAAGUGAAAUGCUCAGUUGGGUUAAGAUCAGACAAUGGACGCUUCAGAAUUCUGUCCUGUGUCACAUCAUCAAUAAACACCAGUGUCCCAGUGCCACUGACUACCAUGCAUGCCCAAGCCAUCAUACUGCCUCUGCCGUGUUUUAAAGGGGCUGUGGUAUGCUUUGGAUCAUGAGGUUUUCCACGCCAUCGCUCUGGUAGAGGUUGAUCUUGUCUUCAUCUGCCAAAGGAUGUUUUUCCAGAGCUGUGCUAGUUUUUCUUUUUUUUUUUUUGUUUAGAUGAUUUUCAAUCUGGCUUUUCUAUUCCUGAGGCUUAUGAGUGGCUUGCACCUGCAGUCUUCUCUUUAUGGUAGACUUGGAUAUUGUUAUUCCUACCUCCUGGAGAGUGUUGUUCACUUGGUUGGUUGUUGUCAAGGGGUUUCUCUUGACCAUGGAAAUGAUCAUCCACCACUGUUGUCUUCCGUGGAUGUCCAGGUAUUUUUGCAUUGCUGAGUUCACCAGUGCUCUCUUUCUUUCUCUGUACCAAACUGUAGAUUUUGCCACUCCUAAUAUUGUAGCAGCUUAACCCUCCUGUUAUGUUCGUUUCCAGGAACACCAAUUAUGUUCCUGGGUCAAUUUGACCCGGGGCAUGUUUACCUAUCUAAAAGUGUCAGAAACACUGGCAUUGAUUAUUUUACAAUUUUCUUUUAUAAUUUUGAUUUUUUUUAGUUUUCUGUAGUGAUGCAGAUGACAUGUGACAUCUCUUCUGUUCUGGGUCAAUCUGACCUGCAACAUAACAGGAGAUGGCUUGUUUCACCUGCAUGGAGAUCUUCUUUGACCCCAUGUUGCCUGUUCACAGCAAAAUUUGACACAUGAUAGCAUCACACCUCAAAUCAACUCCAGCUCUUUUAUGACAUUGAUAAUGACAGAACAUACCCUGAAAGGAUACACUGAAAGCUGAGAC